AUGACUCAUAAACUGUUCAAUUUCUUCUUCAUCAGAAUCUUCUUUAUCUUCGUCAACUACAAGGUGAUCACCAAUAAGAUGAGUUGGAGGGACAUCAUCAGGCCCAAUUAUGAAGCAAUUAAGCAGAAGAUACCCUCUUGGAGUGGAGCCAUGGUCAGGGUGUAUAAGAUUGAUUCACAUAUUAUAGAUCUCAUGAUUGCUACUUCUAUGUAA